CAACAUUGUAACAGAGAGAUAAUCUGAGAGAGAGAGAGAGAAAGAGAUCAGAUGACAACGGAGGUGAUGGAGAGAGACGCCAUGGCCACGGUGGCUCCGUACGCUCCGGUGACUUACCACCGACGUGUUCGGGGUGAUUUGGAGGAUAGGCUUCCCAAGCCUUAUAUGCCAAGAGCAUUGCAAGCACCAGACAGGGACCAUCCGCACGGAACACCUGGUCAUAGGCACUACGGCCUCAGUGUUCUUCAGCAGCAUGUCGCCUUCUUCGACUUGGAUGAUAAUGGCAUCAUCUAUCCUUGGGAGACUUACUCCGGAUUGCGCUUAGUUGGUUUCAAUAUAUUCGCCUCUCUGAUCAUAGCCGCCGUUAUCAACUUCUGGCUCAGCUAUUCUACUCUACCGGGAUGGUUCCCAUCGCCCUUCUUCCCUAUAUACAUACACAACAUUCACAAGGCGAAGCAUGGAAGCGACUCCGGUACUUAUGACAACGAAGGAAGGUUUAGUCCGGCGUCCCUGGAGAUGAUGUUCAGCAAAUACGCAAAAACCUUACCCGACAAGUUGAGUCUGGGAGAAAUAUGGGACAUGACGGAGGGACAGCGCGUGGCCUUCGACUUCUUCGGCUGGAUCGCGACAAAGCUAGAGUGGGGGCUAUUGUACGUGUUAGCGAGGGACGAAGAAGGGUUUUUGUCGAAAGAAGCCGUGAGGCGAUGCUUCGAUGGGAGCUUGUUCGAGUAUUGUGCCAAGAUCUACGCCGACAUUAACGACGACAAGCUUUAUUACUAAAUAUACGGUGCAGCUUUGUAGCCGAACCCUUUUGUCUCAGCUAUAAGCCUUUGUAUGUGGUUGUGUGUUAUCUGCCAAAAUAUACAGUGAAAGGGUUUAGGGGGUGUUUUGGAUUCGA